AUGAAUAAAUUAGUUGAUUACAGUGAUUCUGAACCGGAUAAACCGGUAAUAAAAAGAAAGAAAAGGUGUCAAGUAAAAAAGGAAGAUUGGAGUAGUGAAGUUAAUACAAAGAAUAGAGAAAAGGGUAAAGAAUAUUGCGACUAUUGUGCGUCAAAACACAAAAAAGCACUAUUUAUAGCCACUUUUACAAACACCCUAACCAUACAAAAAAUAGCUUUAUUUAAACCGAAGAAAGAUUUGUGUGACAUCUGUAAUGAAUACAAGCUGGGCCAUAUUACCAAAGAGACUUAUGACGACCAUGUAAAUAAAAAGAACGAAGCGAGAAUGGAAAAAGAAUCUGCUAAAGAAAAAAAGGAAUUUGUCUUUAGUGAAGACCUACAAGCAGUACUUUUAGCGUCGCGGUCCAAUGUGUCAUCAAAUUACUACAAGACUAAGCUAUGUGUCCACAACUGGUGCAUUUAUGACAUGAAAACUAGCGAUGGGUAUUGCUUUCUAUGGAAUGAGGCCGAAGCCGAGUACAUCACUAUUUGCAAGAAAGCAAAAAAAUCAAAACCGUAUAUAGUUGAAUACCUAAACUAUUCUUACUUCAAGAACUUUAAAAACUUACAGUUUUACAACUCGAUAAGACCAGGAAAAAUGAAAGGAGAUCCUAAGGUUACCGACAUACGAGCUUUUAAAUAUGCACCAUCUAGAGAAAUAUUUUAUAAGCUUAAAUUAACUAAAGAGUAUAAAUUGCUUAAUCAACGUAGGAAUGCCCGAAUUAACAACAUUCCUUUUCAUAAUUUACCUGACCUGUACAAUGAACGCAGGAAAAUUACAAAAAAAAUAUAUUUAGAUUUACAGCAAUUAAAAAACUCUAUGCCAAGAGAUUACCAAAACUAUUAUGGCAACCUUCCUCAUGAAGCCUAA